AUGGCGAGAAGAACGCGUUUGCAGGACUCAUCCACAGACCAAGCGAGAUUUAACAUUCUGAACCCGGAGGGAGCGUUCUCCUCUUUCGACCCUCAACCAGGCUCCCUCCAACAACACUGCCGCACAUUCAUUCUACAAGCUGUGGGUUUGAAACGACUAGCGCGCAUCGUAGAUCUUCCAAUUCCAAAGACAAUGAUCAACUAUCUAGCCAAUCAGCUCACUGUGGACGAUUUCUUUGUAAACCGAAAUAACUUGAGCUCAGAGAACAUGUUGAAUUGCGUUUAUCCUGCUAAGUGUCUUCUGGACAUGUCAGAGGUAUUGCUUAAGUGCGUCAUGCCUUGUCUAGUAGAUGAUCAUUUUCAGGCCGCUAUGGAAGCUUGGAAAGAUGUCAACCAUCCAAAUAUCAUGCGUAGUUUUCUGCGCUUUCAUCAAGGUGGUACGGAAAUAAUUGUAUUCGAAUACCCUCCAGUUUCACUGGAGGAUAUUAUCAGGGAGCGGCGAGAACUACGGAGGCAUUUGCCCGAGUACUUGAUAUGGAAAGCGUUUUGCGAAUUGUGCUCCGCUAUGAAGUAUCUGAAUGAGAAAGGCAUUUUCUACAAGACUGCUAAAGCGACGAAGCGCAUUUCCUUCGACGAACAUGGAAACCUCAAAUUAGACAGUGGUUUGCUGUACCAAUCAUCCCCGGAGGAUACGAUGAAUGACCCUGAUGUCAGGGUUGAUGGAGCGGGGUUCUAUUCACCCCCGGAGGUCAUGAAAGGACACGCCUUUGGCCCCGAAAGCCAGGUGUGGCUUCUUGGAUGUUUACUGUACGAGAUCACAGCACUUGAACCCGCCUAUCAAGUUGAAGGGAAUGACAUGUUUACUGCUCUGGCAAACAUUAUGGAGGGCAGACCGCCUCCAGAUAUCAAUGAAAAUUUCUCUGACGAGCUUAAAGCCACGAUUCGUGAUUGCGUCAAAGGUGACCCCGAUCAGCGACCGAGCAUGGAGGAGCUUAUGAACAGUGUUACCAUGGUAAAAGAAAGAAUGAAGCAUGAAUAUCAAGGACCUGAAAUUGUCGACCUAUAA